AUUCCCCCCACCUGUUUUGAAUAACUCAACAAACGUGUAGAUGCCCUACCACUGUUUGCCCAAGUUCUUGAACAUACUCAGGAAGAGCCGGAACCUAAUCGGCGUUGCUACCCUCUCCACCGCAGCCACCUCCACCUUCCCUCCCAAACUCUCCGCCAUGGAAAACGAUCACCAGAUCCUGAGAACCCGCCUCUGCAUCGUUGGAAGCGGGCCCGCCGCACACACAGCCGCAAUUUACGCCGCCCGUGCAGAACUCAAACCCCUUCUGUUCGAAGGUUGGAUGGCCAACGACAUUGCCCCCGGCGGGCAGCUCACCACCACCUCGGAAGUCGAGAAUUUUCCAGGUUUCCCUGAAGGAAUUGGGGGAAUCGAGCUCAUGGAUAAGUGCCGCGCCCAGUCUGUUCGCUUUGGCACCCAAAUAUUCACGGAAACUGUCUCUAGAGUCGAUUUCUCAGGGUUUCCUUUCAAAAUCUUUAGUGACUCGAAAACCGUUGUGGCAGAUUCUGUAAUCAUAGCAACUGGAGCGGUAGCUAAGCGCCUCAGCUUCCCUGGUUCGGAUACCUAUUGGAACCGUGGCAUAUCAGCCUGUGCUGUGUGUGAUGGAGCAGCACCUAUCUUUCGCAACAAACCCCUUGCUGUCAUAGGGGGUGGUGAUUCGGCUAUGGAAGAAGCUAAUUUUUUGACCAAGUAUGGUUCCAAAGUCUACAUUAUUCACAGGAGGGAUGAAUUUCGUGCCUCCAAGAUAAUGCAGAGCAGAGCACUGUCGAACCCGAAGAUUGAGGUCUUAUGGAAUUCGGUGGUGGCUGAAGCGUAUGGGGAGAGGACCUUGGGGGGAUUGAAGGUGGAGAAUGUGUCCACUGGGAAGAUUUCCGAUUUGAAUGUUUCUGGUUUGUUUUUCGCUAUUGGGCAUGAGCCUGCAACCAAGUUUCUUGAUGGGCAGCUGGAAUUGGAUUCUGAUGGUUAUGUGGUCACUAAGCCGGGAACCACAUUGACCAGCGUCAAGGGUGUUUUCGCAGCUGGUGACGUGCAGGAUAAGAAAUACAGACAGGCUGUUACUGCUGCCGGCUCUGGAUGUAUGGCAGCUUUGGAUGCAGAACAUUACCUUCAAGAAAUUGGUGCUCAAGUGGGUAAGAGUGAUUAAGUAUUGAAGCUUAUUGAAAGUAGCUCUCACUGAGUGUUACCUACAUUUCAAAAUAUGGAAAGGAUGGACCAAGGGGCAUUUUUAUUUUAAUAUUCAUGUUUUAAUAUUCAUGUUUAUUUGGACUGUAACAGUUGAAAAAAGAAUUGUUAUUUAUCCAUAAGUUUACGUUACUGACUGUUGCUGGAAAUUGUAGUUGUCUUCUUUUGAA